AUGACGUUCUUCACUCGCCAGCCAAUGAAGAAUGGUUAUGAUAGGUCUACCUUGGGAAUGAAUGGGAAGACGAUACUAAAAACAGGUGAUGAUGUCUUGAAUAUCGAGCAAGGCAACACCAAGGCGCUGGCGGUGGUCUAUGGGCCGCACGAGAUUCAGAGCUCCAGGGAACGAGCUCUGCCCCACCGGGCCCUGGUGAACUUUCAGUACAGCUCAGCGACCUUCAGCACCAGGGAGCGCAAGAGGCGGCCACAUGGAGACCACAGGUCCUGCAAGAUGGACCUACAACUAUGCCAGACCUUUGAUGCCGCCAUCCUCACCCAGCUGCACCCGUACUCCCAGACUGACAUCUAUACACAGGUGUUGCAGGCAGAUGGUGGGACCUAUGUGGCUUGCGUGAACGCAGCCACCCUGGCAGUGAUGGACGCUGGCAUACCCAUGCGGGACUUCGUGUGCGCCUGCUCAGCUGGCUUUGUGGACGGCACAGCCUUGGCAGAGCCUAGGGAGGAAAUAAAUAAGACCCCGGGGCUUAGUUCCAGGAAUCUGAGUCAAUGUGAAAUCUAA